GCCCUCAUUUCAACCUGCGCAUGCGUAUCUGUCUGGUGUCGAUUUUUUGCGCCAAGUUUUGCGGUGAAUUUUCCUGUGUUUUCAGCCCUUCUUACCUGCUUUUCUCGCUCAUUUUUCGAUAAUUUUCGCCAGAAACUUGGAUUCUGGUAGCCACUAGUCCUAGUAUUCCGUGGAUUAAGUUCAGUGCAGUUUCUACAAAUCGUUCUCGAGAAAUUGAGGCGGAAAGUUGGUAGGUGGUGGGGGGAGCUUCGAAAGGCAGAGCCGGGGUCGGUUUCUCCGUAAGCUGACUUCAGAUGGACCCGGAAAGCUGAGUUUGUCAGCCGAGCGAGCUGUGCAGACGACUUUUCUGUUUUUUACCUGUACGUCACCGACAUGACGACCGUCACGUAUGAUCUGGAUACGUCCGGGGGACUCAUGGAGAAAAUCCAGGCCCUGAUCGCGCCGCCGCAGAGCGAAGAGCCGCCGAAGCGGUCCAGGAGGGAGGCUCGGGAGCCGAGAAGGACCGGGAAGAGCUUCAACCGCGACUGUUGCGACUCCUGCAAGGAGGGAGGGGACCUUCUUUGCUGCGACCGCUGUCCGGCCGCGUUCCACCUCCAAUGCUGUGACCCUCCCCUGUGUGAAGAGGAUCUCCCCGAGGGAGAGUGGUUGUGCCAUCGCUGCGCGGUGCUGCAGCAGUUCCCUGAGCUGGACGACCGGGACGAAACUGCCUCCAACGCCAGCGUGGCCAGCAGCACGACUAGCAACAAACAGGCAUCAAGUUCAGCCAGUAGCAGUGCCACUAACGGAAGUAAACAGGCACCGAGUGCAGCGGGCAGCAGCAGUAGUGCGACUGGAAACAAACAGGCACUGGGCCUGGCAGUGAAGCAGCCAGCCCUGGUGAGAAAGCCCCCUGGUGCGAGCGGGGUGAGAGGGCAGAGUUAUGAGCGGGGAGAUCGAGCUUUAGAAAACGCACCGGUGUCUGCGACUACAAGAAGUAAGGUUCUGGAGAAUGGGGAGCGAGGGGCGGGGGAUGCUGCUGUCGCCAUGGAUACGGGGUUGCCGGGUAACGGUGAGGAGCAGAAGAGCGGUGUGGAGACGCCCUUCCAGCUGCUGCUGCAGGCAGCCAGGCUGCAGAACCCAAAACAGUUCGCCCUCCCCAACGAGUUCAUGUACCACGCCGCACUGCCUGGUACGAGUAAGACGCAGUGGACGUACCGACAGCGCCACACCAGCAAACGGGAGACGAAGAAACCGUACGAGAUCGACAACGGCAUGGUGCCCCUCCCCGCCAAACUGUGCUUCACAUGUAACAGGAGUUGCCGGGUGUCCCCGCUGAUCCAGUGCGACUACUGCCCGCUGCUGUUCCACCAGGACUGCCUCGACCCCCCGCUGACCUCCAUGCCAACCGGGCGCUGGAUGUGCCCCAACCACGCCGAGCACGCCAUCGUAAGUACAGCCAAUCAGAACUCAGAAGCAAAGCUGAAUGCCUACCACAUGAGAUGCCUACGCAGGAUCUUGGGUAUUAAAUGGCAGGACAAGGUCUCAAACACCGAGGUCCUCGACAGGUCGAAGUCCAGGACCCUGUUUGCCAUGAUCAGCGAGCGUCGCCUGAGAUGGCUUGGACAUGUGCGCCGCAUGGGAAAAGGCCGCAUUCCCAAGGACCUUCUAUAUGGCCAGCUUGAAAGCGGUUCACGUCCAGUUGGCCGUCCUCACCUGAGGUACAGAGAUGUCUGUAAGAGAGACCUUGCGUCGGCAGGCAUCAGCGUGGACUCGUGGGAGGAACUGGCACUCAACCGCUCAGACUGGAAACACGCUGUGAAAGCUGGGGGUUCCAAACGCGAUAAGCAGCAGUACCUGUUGCCGCCGCCCCUGAUGCCGCCCCCGCCCAAGCGGCUGUGCCAGGCCGCCCCGACCAAAGAGCCGCGACCGACGUCGCCCAACACCUCCGCAGGAGAGCAGGAGGAGUGGCUGAAGAGCGUGAUCGCGAUGCAGGUGAAGGUGGCCCAGCACCUGACCCAGCAGCAGCUACGCGGCGAGGCUCCUUCCCUCAAAACCACCCUCCCCGCAACCGCGCCCGUUACCAUGGAAACCGCUCGCGUGCCCUCGCCGCCCGUCGUAACCACAGCAACCACUGCCUCAGGAACUCUCGUCGACCAAUCACAGCACACGAACUGCGUCGCUGCUACCAGCGCGACCAAUCGCGGCUCCCCAGUCCCCAACGGGCCGGUCAAACAGGAGGCGGCAAUUCACAGAGACUCCAGCCCCACGCCGCUUGUAGGGCUGCAGGGGGGGCACAUUGGGCCGCAUGGGGCUCAAAUAGGGCCACAGGGGGGUCACACCGGGCCGCAGGGGCCCCCCAAACCUCAGGAAGUCUUGGCCAAUGGGCCCACGUGUCAGCGAUCGGAGGGGAAGGCGAACGGGCCGGUUCUGGCUGGCGGCGGGAGAAGCACGAUCAGCAGCUCUGCGCCGGAAACGUUACUCGACCUGCUGAAACCCGACCCUGACCGGACGCCCAACCAUUCCCUCCCCAGGCCAAAGGUCGUAGGGGAAGGGUCGGAGGUCAAGCCGGGGGAGUCGCGUGUUGUGACCGUGCCCAACAGCAUGACGGCGAACCUACAGCAAAGAAUCGUCACCACGGUCGCCGGGAGACAAGGCACCGUUGUCACCACGAGGGUCGUGACCCCAAACGCACGCCAGGGUCAAGUGCCAAAGGUCAGCGUGAGUCAGGGCAUGGCCGUCAGUCAGAGCCCUGUUCCCGGGAGGUCGUCGCCCACGGUUACGGGGUCAGCAGCAGGCCUGAUGGGAAGUCUAGGCCGGAUGGUGAACAGCCAGGCAGUGGGGUCAGCCAAAACGGUGAACAGUCCGAGCCCUGGCCUGGGCGUUGCCGGGGGUAACAAGGCCCCGCCCGUGACCAUGCUCAGCUCCUCCCCGACGAUACAGAACCUCAACAACCAGCUGCAGGCCAUGAUAGACGGGGUCGGAGAAGUUGAACUGAGCAAGUUGGACCAACAACUGAUCAACAUCCUGGCCUUCCAGAGGCUACAGCAGCUCCUCCCGCCAAAGACCUCCACCUCUCAGCCCAGCAAUAAGAAGACGUUGUUUAACGGACUGAACGGGCCGCUGCUGUCGGGCAGUUCGCAACAGCUGCAGGCGCGAGCCGUGAUGUGUCCGCUCACGGGCAAGGGGCAGCCGGUCCAGAUGUGCUACAGAACGCUCCACAUAGGAACAGGAGGUGACAUGGACGUGUGUUUGAAUCACUACGGCAACUGCAGCUUCGUCUCCGCAAAACACGCCUGUAUCUUCUACGAUGAGACGACGCAGCACUACGAGCUUCUGAACUACAGCGAGCACGGGACGACGGUGGACAACGUGCUCUACUCCUGCGACUUCUCCGACAAGCAGGCCGCCGUCGCCCCCGGCAACCCCAUCGUCAGCCAGGUCCGCAGCAUCAUCUGCAGGAGGAGGCAGGAGAAGGAGGAGGAGAAGGAGAGAAAACGCAUGUCUGCGAGUGGCUCCAGCCUGCCCAAACCCUGUAACUGCAAGGCCAGCAGCUCGAGCCUGAUUGGCGGCAGCGGUGCAGGAUGGGAAGGCACGGCGCUGUUGCACCAUGGGAGUUACAUCAAGGUCGGGUGUCUGCAGUUCGUGUUCAGUAUCGUCGACCACGCGGCGAGAUUCGCGCCCGGCGAGCGGAAAAUGUCGGGAAAAUCAACCCUUCUCAGGUCCACCUCAGUCCCAUAACAGUCCUAUUCCAAACUCCCUACAUCCUUUGCAACUACCCAUGAUUCUCUGCAGGAUGGGGCAAAGGUCACAGGUCAAAGUGUAUGAAUGAUUCUGAGUGUACAGAUGAUGACGAGUUAAGAAAAAAAAACAAAGAAGAUAUUUUUGAAAGCUAUCUUUACUACUACGUUGUACACAAUUGUUGUGGAUGUUCCGUGGUUUUUCUAGUAGAUAUUCCCUAGAUUAUUUUUGUGGAAGCGAAAAUAAAAACUCUGUUCCGAUGUAUUUCUCCUAUGUUGUCAAGUUCAGAAGAUAAAAGAUUUAUUGUUAGGGUUGUGUAAGAGUGCAGUGCUUCCUCCUUGAAAGUAAGAGUAAGAACUUGUGAAGUUGAGAGCUCUUUUCAAAUGGACUUCGGUAGCUAAGGGACUAGAUCACUUUAGAAUGUAAGUUAGGUCGGACAAUGUUGUCAAACGAAAAGAAGAUGAGUAGAUCAUACUCAGUGCGAAAGUCUCAGCCUCAACUGCAAGUCCUGGAAAAUGUAAAGACGACAUUUCGAUGUAAAAUCUACUUCUUGUAUCUUCUCAAGAAAUGAUUGGCGGUUUUGACAAGAAGCUGAGAAUCGGUAGAAAUGAAAUGUGGAGGUUCCAACAUGUUUUAAUGUUGGGGGGGGGGGAGGAAGGCCACUGCUGUCAGAUAUGGCAUCGUUUGUACCCUAUUUUUGAACGUAAGUUAUUUUUAAUGAAUUUUGAGCGCUUAAUUCGUGAAGAGCCUCUACAACCCCUUCCUCUUGAAAUGAAUUUGAUAAAAUGUUUGUAAAGUUUUAGUGUGGAGUCUGUAGUUGGAAGCUUUUGCCACGUUUUAUCUGGUCCUACGAAAUACGAGGCUCAAAAGUUGAAAUGUUGAUUUGUUGAAGAAUCUACAGUUUUCUUCCUUGUACAUAGUGUUUGAUAAGUGUACAGAUCUAUACUGUUGUCUAGUAUUACUGACAUGUAUGUAUAUCCAUAAAGGAAAAAUGCUUUAACAGAAAAACUUAUGUGUGAAAAUA